AACCCUUAUAAAAAUGGACCCCUUUAUAAACUUGCAUGCAGAGCGAAGUCGCAGCGUGUGGCAGUGUCGCUGCGGCUGGGGGUGUGCGUGCCGCGGGCGUGCGCUGCGCACGCGCUGCUGCCGGCGCGCUUCAACUACUCGCUGGAGUUCUGCCGCCUGCCCGCCGACAAGCCCUACGCCGCCGUCGACUACGUCGCUUUAUUUAUUUUGCUACUGCUUGGACUACUGACAGUCGUCAGUACAACGUAUGAGCUGCAUCAUAUUUAUAUACUGAAAAAAGGUAAGAACCGGCAACUAACUUACCUCUUUUAAUUGUUGACAGUGGCUGGACAAGACCAAAAUUUUAUGUGGGUACAAGGUACAUUUAGCGAGGCCCUCUGGUGGCGCAAGAAAUAACGACCAUUUUUACGUUGUGCCCCUCAGACCGCGAGGCCGUAGGCGGUGGCUCAUGUCACCCACGUAGCAUGCGUAGCAUCUCUAUAUAUAGUUUUUGCCCACGGCUAACGCCGCCUCUGAUUGUUGACACUAAUUUUAUUUGGUAGGAUACCUCUAUUACAGGUGACAACACAUUUAUACUAUCAUAAAAUAUUUCUUAUUAUCAUAAACUUCCGUACUUCCAACUGGUACGGUAUUCAAUUUACUUCUGUGCUAUGUGGACAUGAAUCAAGUAGAUUAUAUUGUCUUUCUUUGUUUUAAAUGUUGUAAUCUGUAAGUUUAGCAUUUUUGUUUGUAUUGCUGUUGAUGCCCCUGUUGAUGCUGUUAAUUAAUAAACGAAAAUGAUUUUUUUUAUUUUUUUUAUUAGCCUAUUUGUGUGUCCCACUGCUGGGAAAAGGCCUCCCCUCUAGCGUUCCAAUCCUCCCUUUGCUGAGCAAGGUCCCGCCAGUCCCGCUGAAACGCAUCCAAGUCGUCCCGCCAUCUCUUUCUCGGUCUGCCUCUGCCACGACUACACCGGGGAUGCCAGCUAGUGGCUAUUUUGAAAAUAAUAAAUAAAAUAAAAUAUUAAUUUACAGUUUAGAGACACCGUUUAUAUGUAAAAGAUAUGUUAGUCUUGUGAUUUUAUGAAUGACUAUUACCACUUAUGCUGAUAGAGCCAGAGCAGCCUGACGAGUGGUUGUGCACGUUCUCGCUGCAUCGCAACACGCGGCUGCUGACAGCCGCGCCCGGCGGCCUGCCGUGCCUGCACGGCAUCCGCGCUCUCUCCGUGCUGUGGAUCAUCAUACUACACUCUUCCGUCGUACUUCGAAAGAAUGACGUUAACGAUGACGAAAUAAGCGAGAAUGUAAGCAGUGGGCAGAGGUAUUUUGGUGUUUUCGCUGGACACCUCGCCGUGGACUCGUUCUUUGUGCUGAGCGGGCUGCUGCUCGUCUACACCAGCGUCGGCAAAACGGAGUCACGUGAGCACUAACACCGCCUCGCUUCACCAUUUUAAAAUAUACAAUUUUUUUUUACUACGUAGGUGGCAGACAAGCAUACGGCCCGCCUGAUGGUAAGCAGUCUCCGCAACCUAUGGACGCCUGCAACUCCAGAGGUGUUACUUGCGCGUUGCGAUCCUUUAAAAACCUCUACACUCCUUUUUUGAAGAACUUUCAAUACAUUCUCUUUAAAAUGAUAACACCGUGUCUCUUCAGUGUCCUUGCGGAACCUGCCCCGGUUCUACCUGAUCCGCUACGUGCGUUUGUUCCCGCUGCUGGCGGCGGCCGUGCUGCUGCGCGCCGCCGAGCCACGCGUCACCGACGGACCCACGGCGGUGGACGCCGCUGAAGAGGUCAGAUAGCGCUUCUCACAUCUUAGUUAAUUCAGAGGGUAUUUUUCCACGGCUCAUGGAAGCCUGGGGUCCGCUUGGCAACUACUCCCGGGAAUUAUCGUAGACACUAGUUUUACGAAAGCGACUGCCAUCUGACCUUUCAAACCAGAGGGGAAACUAGGACUUAUUGAGAUUGGCUCGGUUUCCACACGAUGUUUUCCUUCAUCGAAAAGCGACUGGUGGUUCCGAAAAACUUAAGGUCCGAGCCGGGGUUUGAAUCCGCGACCUCCGGAUUGAAAUUGAAAAUCGCACGCUCUUAUCGCUAGGCUACCAACGCUUGGUCUACCGUGAACACUGAAGUUCGCAAAUCACAGGUAGGCAUCUUUCUCUGUCAC